AACUCGGCGAGGCAGGCCGUUCACUUCCCUCUCGGGGCCUACGUCGUCGAGGCUCCGGCUGCCAAGAGGGACCGCGAGCGCCUGGAGUCGAUCGCGAAGGAGAACGCGUUCGCAGGCUCCCCGCUCUCCAACCCUGAGCCGACGGCGCCGGGGGGGUCCGACGUCGGUGGCGCCCCUCGACUCGACGCUGCGGUCGCGGGCGACUCCGUCGAGCAGGACGCCGAGCUGGCGAAGAAAGUGGCGGCCAUGUUCGGGGCGAAUUCCUUCGGGGGCCUGGGGCUGCGGACGAAUCGUGUUGGGCCCAGCGUCUGCGUGUCCAACUUCGGCCCUUCGGCGCGGCCCGGCAGGCCGAAACUCGAGCUUCCCGAAGAACAGGGGGAGAAGCUCUCCCCAGGCGGCGAUCCCAGCAUCGCGGCCGACGACGAGGUCGAGGACGAGAGCGGCAUGGUCUCCAAGACUUGGUACUUCUGCGUGCCGCUGGAAAACCUCAAGGCCGCCAGUUGCAUUCAUGUUAUCGAGUCUAUCCUUGCCCAGCUUCGGAUGGAGGUCGAGGGGGCCGACAUUUGCCACCGCGUCCAUGGUGAUCGAGCUGGGGGCCUCACGGGGGACCAGAUCAAGCGGCACUUCGAGGCGAAGCGCCUUCCGAUAGCUGUUACUUCGACGCCGGGUUUCGAGCCCAGCUCGAAUGGCCGGGCCGAGCGCGGGAUCGGCGUGGUGAACCUGAGGGCCAGGGCAAUGCUCCUCUCCUUCAGCGACCUCCUGGACCGGCAGGCCUUGUGGGCGUGCGCCGUGCAGCAUUCUGCGCACUGCUCCAGGAUGCGCGCACAGGGUCGACCAGUGAAGUGCCCCGCUUUCGGUGCGAAGGUCUGCGCUCGCAUCAAGGAUGUCCCUUCGUCCAUGUGGGCAGAGCGGGCGCGCGACGCCGUGUUCCUGGGCGUGGACGAAGAGAGCAAAUUGUUGAUCGGGCGGAAGGACCUCGCCGCGAGGACCCCGGUGGUGCUCAAGAUGUUCGCGGCGAGGAUCCAGGAGCAGGAGGAGCUCAACCAGAUGGCGUUGCAGAG